AUGUCGAUCACAGAUGUUGUGGAGACAGAUCACCAUGUUGCUGAGAUCGUACCAUCUAUGGAGGACAGCAGUGCGAGAGUCAUUGAAGAUCGGCCGCAGGAGGAGGGAUCGGAUGAAAAACAACAAAGUCAGAGUUGGAUAUCUACAAACAAGCCUACUUUGUUAAGUCAAGGUAUUGCAACAGAAGCAACGUGUUCACUUGAAGCCUCAGAGGAUUAUGCCUUGCACUACCUUACACGAUCUGUUGUAAAGAUGAUGGAUAAUAUUGGUUUUUCAACAUGUCACGAAUCUGUCCUAAACAUCCUAACCGAUGUUUGUAGACGGUACAUGGAGAAACUUUGGAUUGAUUCAAAAUUAUUCGCAGAACACGCUGGUAGACGAUUUCCAAUCUUUGAAGAUGCAAAUAUGGUUUUUGGAAAACUGAUGUUCAGUGCAGCAGAAUUGCACUCAUUCAUGAAGCAGGUCCAAUGUGAUCCUUUUGAAAACAACGUGCCGCUUUUCCCAGUUAGAAAAUCUUCGCUAAACCUGCUCAGUAUGUACGGACCAGUAUCAGAUAAAGAAUUGGCAGAACGACCAGAACAUAUACCUCGUUAUUUUCCUGCUAUGCAUCGAGAAUGGUGUUCCAGUCAUAUGGGAGUUCGGGCAGUCGAAGUUUCAGCAGUGAAAGGUGCAACACGCAGGUCAGCGCAAAAUUGCAGAUCUACAUCCCGGGGAAGGGUGGCAAAAGCGAAGAUCUCUUUCCCUGACUUUAGUGGGUCGACAGCUAGAGAAUUGGGAUUUGUGCGCCCUCAAAAACUGCCAUCCAAAAAAGUGGUUGAAGAACCAAGUGGUAUUUCAAGUAGUGCCAAUAUCGCAGCUUUGCAGAAGUUGGAUAGCUGUUCUAAUAGAACAAAGUUUAGAAACUGGUCGCUUCAUGAACCUACCAGUAGUUCAGAGCAUUGCGAUGAGCAUCAUAUGAAAGCGGAAAGUGUUAAAGAGAAGGAUGUUCCAGAUAAACCUUUCGCACAAAGAUCGAUUGGUAUGUUUGGCAUGCCACCAUCAACCUUGGUACACCCAGAGAGUGUUGUGAAUGAAAAGAUGAAAAAGAAAAAGAAGAGAGAUAGAGAUCGAGAUAAAGACCGAACUAAGGAGAAGAAAGAGGAAAAUCAAAGUACAAGUAGAUCAAUUCCGGUUUCGAUUAAAUCUCAUGUAAAUGAAAAAGCAAGUGCGAGUGCAAAUUGUUCAAUUGACGCUGAAAAUGAUGGUCAAGUUAAAAAAUCAGGGAAUAAACAACCGGAUGUUCCUUUAUCAUUGCAUAAACGACCAAGUUCCUCUGAACAUCGUCAAAUAGAGCGAGAUGAGAUUGAUUUAAAGAAUGUUGCGAAUGAGAAACCUGUUAUAGACCUUCAUUUUUCUGACACUCUUCCCGAAAGUGAUGAAAAAGGCGUAACAGUUUGCGGAAAGGUGGACAAUAAUGAUAAACAUGACCAACCAGUGAACAUAGGAGUAAAUGACGGUCACACUCCUAGUGGUGUUGAUUUCCAAAUGACUGAAGUAUUGAUACCGCAACAGUUCGCAAAUAGAACUGGUAAUGUAGAGGACGAUGAUACUAAUGGCGACAGUAAAGCUAUAGAAAAAGUGAAGGAAGAAGGAUUGAAGGAUGAAGCUAGGAAAAAUGAUAAAAGAGGUACGAGUAAAAAUACGCUAGAUGAAAUUGCUAAAGGGAAAAUAGAGAAGUGUAAAGUUGAAGAGAAAGAUAGUGAAUGGAAAAAAAGUUACGAAAAAGACAACAAUAGAGAACUCCUUAUCUGUGAUUUUCGGGCUGCUUUUUCUAGUUAUUUCUUUUCAGAAGAUCUCAAAGCACUCAAGGUGGUUUUAUCGAGGACAACUGGACAGAAACUAUUCACUGCAUUAUCACCUUCCAGUGACACGGGACGGGUCGCCAAAGAUGCAGAGCAGAAACAUGGCCCAGGAAAAGUUGCAGUUGAUAAAUCACGGAUUGCAGAAAGUAUAUGUGAGAAAAAGAAAAAGCAUAGGAAGGAGAAAGAUCGAGACAAACAUCACAAUAAGGAGCACAAACGCAAAGAUAAAAAGAAGUGCAAAGAACAUAAGAAAGACAGAACGAAAGACAAAGAGAAGAAAUAUAUUAAACUAAGGCCUGAAAGGGUCUGUUUAAAGCGACCUGGCGAACAAAUCCUGCCAGAUGAAAUGUCUGCCCCGAAAAUACCUAAGUUAAAAAUCAGAUUUGGAUCUAAUUCAAGUGGCAUUACUGGUUCGCCAACAAGCAUUGUCUCUGCAACUUCGCCGACACCUCUGACUUCUGCUUUGUCGUCUACCCAACUAUCAGAGAGAAAUAUUCCCUCAUUAGACGAUCGAAACAUUCAAGUUAUGCAUCCUGCAAUCAAGCUAAAAGGUGCAGAGGCUACCAGUCUGUAUACAUCUCUCAAACCUGAUGGAAAUAUUAGGCCUAGAAAACGGCAGCCAGUGACCAAAGCCGAGUUGAAAGCGCUGCCGAAAUUACCGUUGAAAACAAGGACGUGUGGAACUAAAGAGGGAAGUGGAUUCACAGGUGGACAAGGAACAGCAGAAAUAGCCGCUAGUUCAAUUAUUUCUAGAGAAGAUGUUGGGUUUGAACAAAGAAAUUACGUACAACAACCAACCGGUAAGCGUUUGCGUAUAGACGAUGGCUGCUUCGAUACGUAUGGCGCUGGUGCUUUCAGUUCAGCCGAAAAAGUUUGCAAAUCUACGGAGAAAGAAAGAAACAGUGAAAGUUGUAUCCAAGGUAUGACACCGAAAGGUUGGGGACAGUUGCCAUCCGCCACUACUUUCAGUACAUUUUUGAUGGAUGAUCGACGUCAAGAAAAGGAAUCCUUGAAGAAAGAGUUGGAAGAGGUAUUGAAAAAGAAGCCGGACCAAAUGUACCUAGAAGAAAUAUUAAAAAAGAAACCGGAUCAGGUACAUACUGGAGCUGAGCUAGACUCAGCGAAACCAAGAUUGGGAAAGGAAAAGGAUCCUCUUAAGCGUGUAUGCGAUGGUGACUUACUACUUGAGAAAGAAAAGAUGUUUGUCAAAGAUCGUUGUUCGGGGAAGCUGAAGAAUAAAGAGCCGGAGAAAGAGAAGAAAAGUGAGAGACAUUACAAUCUUGAGAAGGUGAAGGAGAAUGGGCGAGAGAAGGGGCAAUGCCAUAUACAAAAAGCUCUUGAAAAGGGAAGAGAACAAGGCAAACGUGACGAGAAAGUUCUGGGAAUGGUAGAUGAUGACAAGAAAGAAGCACAGCAAGAUCGACAGAAAGAGAAGGGGAAUGAUGGGGAGAAAAAGAAAGGCAGUGGUGAAAACGAUAAAGGGAAAGUUAAGAAGAUGGGGAUGGUUGGGGCAAAGUUGGGAGAUGUUUCGUGUCGUUGUAUUAUUACGAAUGAUAAGAAACAUCGGGAGAAACUGGGAAAAGCUUCUGGAUCUGUAGAGCGGUGUAAGCGGAAGAGUAUCGAUAAGGAUGAGGGACGUGGGAAAGGUGAUGAGAAGGACGUGAAGAAAUAUAUGGAGGGAUGGGGGUGCUCGACCGAGACAAAGGAGAGAGGGAAACAUUGCAACGAAAGAACUGUUGUAGAGGAGAGGCUUAAAAGUCGUGAUCAGGAAGUCAAGGAUAAGGAGAAACGAAAAAAGCAUUUGACUAAUCGAGGCAGAGAGUAUAGCAUUGGGAAAAUCAGUAAAGGGAUCGAGAAGGUUUCUUCUGGUGAGAACGACAAUUUUGAUAUUUUGCGUAAUGUGGAAACGAGCAGUUUCAGCAAUGUAAAGACGAAGGAUUCCGGUAAGGAUGAACUUAUGGGUGAUUCAAACGAUUCCGAUCUUCCAUUCGAUCCUGUGCAAAAAACUGAGCGAGUAUUGGCAAAAGAACAGCUGUCAAAGUGGUGCAGUGCUGAUAGUGAUAUCUUUGGGAGUAGGUCGUCGACUGCUGACUCGCUAACGAAAUCUUCGGAUAAGAAAUCAACCACCUUGGACAGUGAUGAUUCUUUGGAUAAUAUGUGGAUUUGUCCAGAGUGUUCCGUGGCAUAUGUUGAAGGUGCAACUGAUAUGGUUGGUUGUGAUGCUUGUGAUAACUGGUUCCACUGGAGUUGUGUGGGUUUAUUAGUGGCACCACCAGAUGAUGCUCCUUGGUAUUGUCAAAACUGCGCGAGAAAAAAGCUUAAAAAAAGAAUCGUGUUGAAGAGCUCCACUUCAAAGAAAAGCAAAAAGUGA